AUGAACCUUUUGGCACUAACUGUCACCGGCUGUCUGCUCUAUAUUACCGGCCUGGUAGUUUAUCGUCUGUGGUGGAGUCCUUUGGCUCCCUUCCCAGGGCCCAAACUAGCUGCGGCCACCGGAUGGUAUGAGGCUUACUUUGAGUUAAUCAAAAAAGGAGGAGGGCAAUUCACAUUCCACAUCCGCGAGCUGCAUGACAAGUAUGGCCCUAUUGUGCGCAUUAGUCCCACAGAGCUGCACAUCCACGAUUCAGAGUACUAUGAGACCCUUUACACCUCACAACGGGGGCUGGACAAAUCGCCGCACGUGCAGAACCGUUUUGGUAGCCCGUUGGCCUCCUUCUCAACGCCGGAGCACAAUCUGCACAAGCGCCGGCGGGCUGCCAUCGUUCCUUUCUUCUCCAAGCGGCGCACCUAUGAGCAAGCGCCUAUGAUUCAGUCCCACGUGGACCGCAUCACACACCGAUUAGCUACCGAGUAUGCGGGCACAGAUCGGAUUGUUUGUACCAACGACCUGUUCAGUAGCUACGGGGCCGACGUAAUCAUGACCUACGCGUUCAACCGCAGCUACAACUUCCUGUCGCGGCCUGACUUCACCUCAGCGUUCACACGGGCGAUUCAGGGGCUGAAGGACUUUGUGCAUAUUGCGCAGCAGUUCCCCAUUAUUGGAGCGCUGGCGCAGUCCUUACCACCGUCGGUGGUCGGCCUGAUCAAUCCUGACAUGAAAGCGAUCGCACGCUUCAAGGAGGAGAUUAGCGAACAUGUCCGUCAGGUGCGCGACAACCAUAUGCGAGGGCGCCAUGACCUCAACCAGCGUGGCACCGUCUUUUUUGAGAUGCUGCAUUCGGCGGAGCUGGCCAACCGCGUCGAGGAGACCUCAUUUCCACGCCUGCGCGAUGAGGGCGUCGGUAUCGUGGGCGCUGGCAUUGAAACUACCAAGAUGGCCAACUUGGUGACUGUCUACCACAUCUUGGCCAACCCACCGAUCCUUGCGCGUCUGCAGGCUGAGCUGACGGCCGCCAUGCCCGACCCUGCGCAGCCGCUACCCUUGAAUGAGCUGGAGCGACUCCCAUACCUGUCCGCUUGCAUACAGGAGGGCAUCCGCCUCUCCUACGGCGUCACGAUGCGCUCGCAGCGUAUUGCCCGUGAUGGACCCAUCCAGUACAAAAAUUGGACCAUCCCACCCCAUGUCAUGGUUAGCAUGGACACUUACCAUACCCACAACGAUGAAGCUAUCUUCCCGGACAGUACUUCCUACAGGCCUGAGCGUUGGCUGGGCAAUCCGCGCGGGCCGGAUGGCCAGAAGAGUUUGUCCCGCUACCUGACGGCGUUUGGCCGCGGCACCCGCAUGUGUAUUGGGUUCAACCUGGCAUACGCGUUGAUGACAAUCAUGCUGGCAGGGCUAUUCCGGCGGUUGGACUUCGAGCUGUACGAGACAACGCGACGGGAUGUAGACUGCUAUCGGGAUAUGGUGGGAAUGGACGUUGCACCAGGCAGCAAGGGGGUGCGAUUGCAGGUUAAGGGGGUGAGAGAAUAG